GGGUUUGGAUUUGUGUGUGUGUUUGUAAAAGCGAGAAAGAAAAGAUUUUGUUCAAGAAUCUCUCAGCAUCGAAAUUCUUGGAACCCAAAAAUAGAAAAUCAGCAAAACAAAGCUAGCUUAGCUACACAUAUAACAUAUGUGUCUCUGAGAAAGAAAAAAAGAAAGAAAGAAAGAGAGAAAGAGAUGCAGAGAUUACUGUUUCAGCGUCUGACACCUUACUUGGUUGGUCGAAUCCGACAGAACCAAAGGCUUCUCAGUUCUUCCUCUUCUGCUCUUCAACAAUCCCUUUCUUCUGAUCCAUCUCCUUCCCCCGAUGAUAUUCAUUUGACCGAAAAUUGCGUCCGAAGAAUGAAAGAGCUGCAAGCUAGUGAGGCAUCGGGUAAUGAAAAGAUGCUUCGUUUGUGUGUGGAAACUGGUGGUUGUUCUGGGUUCCAAUAUGUUUUUGAUUUGGAUGACAAAGCCAACUCAGAUGACCGAGUUUUUGAGAAGGAAGGAGUUAAGUUGGUGGUUGAUAAUAUUUCAUACGAUUUCAUAAAAGGGGCGACUGUUGAUUAUGUUGAGGAGCUGAUCCGAGCGGCUUUUGUGGUGACUGAAAAUCCAAGUGCAGUGGGCGGGUGCAGUUGUAAAAGUUCUUUCAUGGUGAAACUGUAGUGUUCUUUCAAGUUCCUUCCCCAUAUUCUCUUCCUGCACAGCUCAGAGGUCAUUUACAUUAGGCUCCAAUUGGUUGCUAAUUAUAUUUUCUUUUCAAUAACAAUUAUUUGGCUUCACAGGAAUAUCUAUUUCUGUAUACUAUUAAUCAUGUAUGAACAUAGUUGUAACUUGUAACCACUCAUUCGUCAUUGAGCUCCUCUCUUGUAUUUUUCAUCUUACUCGGAGGUUUGACAAUUUUUAAUAAAUAAAGAAUACAUGUACUUGCAGAA